UAGGGAAGAGAGAUAAGAGCAAACCCAGAGGUAGAACUGAUAAAAAGCUGCUGUGAGUACUUGCCCAGCCUGGAUAAAGGGAGUUUUAAGCUCCCUAGGCUGAGUGGAGUUUAUAGGUGAAAGGAAAAAUGGAGCCUCCAGGGUGUGAGCAGAGGAUAACAAAGGUCUCUCUAGCUGACCUUCUGAGGUGUUUUGAACAUCCUGUAAGCGAGGAGCAAGCCUGGGCUAUCUGCUUUCAGUGUUGCAGAAGAAUAGAGCAGGUGGCUCAGGGGCUGUGCACACCUCUCCGUUCUGUGUUCAUAAAAGGUUCUGGGAGCAUCUUUAUCCAUGCUGAUGGUACUGCUUCCUUCAAGGUCUACCACAAGUCUGAUGUUGGCAGCAUUCAGCAAUCAGAGGACAAGCUGUUGGAGUACUUGGGAGUGGUGAUCUAUGAAGCGCUGGACUGGGGAAUCGACAGCCAAGUGGAGCGAGAACUGAGCGAGCCUUUGGAGAAACUGCUGUGCCUCAUGUUGAAAUUGAAUGACGAGGCAACAGAACCACCAGUCACCCUGCAGGAUGUUAUCAAGGCCUGUGAGGAGCACUUGUCCAGGCCUUCUGAGGCUACCAGCCAUUAUGAAAUGACCUGUAGGAGUCUGUUUACUGAAUAUGUAGAACUUCAAAAGCUUGUGACCAUCAUCCAGACCUCCAAAGAGAGAUUGAGAAAAAUGGAUGUGGAAGAUUGGUUGGAAAAUCCCAUUCAAAAGAAGAAAACCCGUGGUGCAUCUCUGUGGCCCAAUGUCAUCUGUGAACUGCAGACUGGUGUGAGGCUGCGCAAGGCCGCCGAGCGACCACAGCGUUGUGUGUCUCCAAAAGAACGUAUUCGCUCUCCCUAUGAGAUGCUUUUGGAUGACAUUCAGCAGAAGAGGUACACCCUGCGGAAGGUGACUGUCAAACAGAAGCACAGGGCCUCCAUAGUUGAUGUAGCUGCUCUCAAGCCUCAUCUAAAGCCGAUGUUGAAGGUGAAGCUGAAACAGCGUGUGCCACUGGAGCCCAGGUGGCAUGAACAGCUCAUGGCAGAAAUAAAACAACCACCAAAGCUUCGGGCAGCAGCACAGGAAAAGAGGAGCAGGCCCAAAGAAAUGCUUGAGGGAUCAAAUACUGCCUUGAACUCUCCAAACAACAAUUUCUUACAUCUCCAAGAUACCAGUACUGAGUUUAAAACUACCAACACUAAAACACAGCAGCUGGGAGCAGGAGCUCAGAACCUGACAGUGGGUUUUCUGCACCCUAAAACUCUCUCCACCUAUCCAGGUCUCACUUCAAAUUGCAUGUCUCCUCCCAUGAGUGCACCCACACCAGGAGACAUUAAGCCUAAGUGUUUCCUGAGCACUGGACAACAGCAGCUGCCUCCUUACAGAGGAAGGUCCAGAUCGUUAGAGAGAGGCCUUCAAAGCAAGCAACUUGACUGUCCCAUUCCUACCAAGUGGCCAUCACCAACUAUUGCUGAGCUGAUUGGAACCAGAUAUGCAAUGAUGGUGCUGGAAGGGCAAGGCCUGUUCCAAGGAGGUAGUGAUGGUGUCUUUCCAAGAGCAAAGAUCUGUUUCAGCUGCCAUAAGCAGAUGUUUCUUAAGUGGCCUUACAACUGUUACCUCUGCAGCAGGGUUGUCUGCUGUGACUGCUGCGUUAAGAUGUCCAUGCCAUUCAGAAUGUGUUUGCAUCUCCCACUUCAAUUCCUAAAAUUUUUGAGACUAUCCAGAGAGGAGGAUCCAGCUAUUCAAGAGCAGAAGAGUUCCGAGUUGCUACGUGAAAUACAGCACCGGCAGUAUUUUGGUGUACCCGUUGUUUUGGAGCCUCAUGGCUUAGCACAGCCCCGGUGCUGUUACACAGCAACCAUGGCAGACUGGCUGACUGCAGACAUCUGUACAUGGUGUGAGCAAUACCUGUUGAAUGUGGCUUCCAGUCAACAGCACAGCAUCCCUCUCAGGAGAAUUUCCUGGGCUUGAGCCAAACUGGAAUGAUUCUACUAUACAUUUCUCCUGUCACUUAUGUACCUGAAAUAAAUGAAACAGUUUUAUGCACCUACUGACAUAAAGGCCUGAAUGGAAGACCUCCCUGCUGGUUAGUCUAAGCAGGAAGCACAGUUAGCAUUUCUGUAUUGUGAAGUAUUCUAAGGCUUUGUGGGUUUUAGAACUGUUUUAAUUCUUUUUAUGUGUCUUG